AUGCUAUGUUCCGGGUGCCCUUGCACCAUAACACCCUGGCGGCAGUUUGCGAGUCUGGAGGGGUUUCAGGGCGAGUUCCAGCAGCUGGGGCAGGAGGAGCAGGUGGCCAAGCUGCAUCACCUGCUGGCGCCACACCUGCUCAGGCGGCUGAAGAAGGACGUGUUGAAGCAGAUGCCGCCCAAGAAGGAGCAGAGCCAUGAAAAUGACACCCUCACCACCACCUUAUAUGUUGCUCUCCAUUUCUCUUUCCCCGUCCACUCUCCACCCGGUAUUCUCCCAGGGCUGAAGAAGGACGUGUUGAAGCAGAUGCCGCCCAAGAAGGAGCAGAUUCUGCGUGUGGACUUGGCGCCGCUGCAGCGCUCGCUGUACCGAGCUGUGCUCACCCGCAACUACCAGGCUCUCACCAAGGCGUCUGGGCAGCAGCGUAUACGGCUGUUACCACCCUUUACUUACCUUCAUCUCCCCUCACGAGUCACAGGUAUGCCUGACCAACACAAUGAUGCAGCUGAGGAAGGUGUGCUGCCACCCGUGCCUGGUGAAGGGCGCAAAGAGUGUCACCUGUUCCUGCUGUGCCCGGUAUCGCUGACCAACACAAUGAUGCAGCUGAGGAAGGUGUGCUGCCACCCGUUCCUGGUGGAGGGCGUGGAGGGGGUGCUGUCUGCAUCGCCUCUUCUCAUCUCCCGUUGUUAUUACCUUGCCUUCACCCCCCCCCCAGGUCUCCCUCACAAACACAAUGAUGCAGCUGAGGAAGGUGUGCUGCCACCCGUUCCUGGUGGAGGGCGUGGAGGAGCAGCACGGAGGCGGAGAUACCCCAGCAGAAGCCAGCCGGUUAGUGACGGUGGGGUGGGGGGGGGGAAAUGGCCGCACAGAGAGACCACAGCUAAGGAAGAUGUGCUGGCACCCGUUCCAUGGAAGGGGCACGAGGAAGAAGUGGGAAAGGAGGGUUUUCACUCACCCUCUCCUGCUGGCACACUCUCACUCCAUGUACUUGUCUUCUUUCCCCGGCAUAUGGUAGCAGCAUCCUACUGGAUGUCGGCGCAUGGUGGUGGCAUCAGACAAGCUGGCUCUGCUGGAGCGAAUGCUGGAGCAGCUCAAGGCCGGGGCACCUUGUGCUGGUGCACUCACCUUGCCCCUGUUCCCUCCCUGUCCCUUGUUCCUCUCCAUGCACUUCCCUCCCAGGCGCAUGGUGGUGGCAUCAGACAAGCUGGCUCUGCUGGAGCGAAUGCUGGAGCGGCUGAAAGCGGGGGGCAUCGCGUGCUGGUGUACUCGCAGUUCAAACGCAUGCUGGACCUGCUGCAGGAGUGGCUCAUGGGCAAGGUGGGUGGCUCAUGGGCAAGCUGUGCUGGUGUCUCUGUGCUGGUGUACUCGCAGUUCAAGCGCAUGCUGGACCUGCUGCAGGAGUGGCUCCUGGGCAAGGUGGGUAGCUGGGUGGUGGGGAGGGGAAGUUCAAGCGCAUGCUGGACCGACCUGCUGCAGGAGUGGCUCAUGGGCAAGGUGGGUGGCUCAUGGGCAAGGUGGGUGGCUCAUGGGCAAGGUGGGUGGCUCAUGGGCAAGGGCUGGGGGUGUGAGCGCAUAGACGGCAGCGUGAGCGGCACGGACCGGCAGCAGCGAAUCGACCGGUUCAAUGCUCCCGGGUCUAGCCGCUUUGUGUUCCUGCUCUCCACGCGCGCUGGUGGGCUGGGGAUCAACCUCGCCACUGCUGACACUGUGAUUAUAUACGACAGUGACUGGAAUCCGCAUGCAGAUCUGCAGGCCAUGGCUCGCGCGCACAGGCUGGGGCAGACCCAAACGGUGAUGAUAUACCGGCUGGUGACGCGGGCAACAGUGGAGGAGCGAAUGGUGCAGAUGAGCAAGAAGAAGAUGGUGCUGGAGCAUGUGGUGGUGGGGAAGCUCAAACAAUCCAACCUCAACCAGGAGGAGUUGGAUGACAUUUUGCGAUUCGGAGCAAAGGAGUUGUUUGAAGAGGAUGAUGAGGAGGAGGACGAGGGGAAAGGAGGGGAGGAAGGGGAAGAAGGGAAAGAGGCAAAGGAGGGAGAGGGGAAGAAAGAGGAGGAAGGUGGUGGGGAGGUGGCAGGAGACAAGGCUGGAGAAGGCAGUAAGGAUGCUGACAAGGACGCUGACAAGGAUGCUGACACGGAUGCUGACAAGGAUGCUGACAAGGAUGCUGAGAAAGGAGCAGCCGGGGACGAGAAACUGAAGGAGAAGAAAAGCAGAAGGAGAGCCGGCGGAUCUACUACGAUGAUGCUGCUAUUGAGAGUCUCUGGCUGUUGGAUCGCUGCACAGUGGGCGAGGAGCAGGCGGCUUCUAAGGCUGUUGGAUCGCAGCACAGUGGGCGAGGAGCAGGCGCAGGAUGAGCCGGACAAUGACUCAACUACCUUAAGGCAUUCAAGGCUGUUGGAUCGCAGCACAGUGGGCGAGGAGCGGGCGGAGGAUGAGCCGGACAACGACUACCUCAAGGCAUUCAAGAGGAAGGUUAGGUACGGGAAGCCGGUUCCCGCUACCUCUCCUGGUGUUGCUGUGGGAGGGGCGGGAGGAGGGGGGAGUGCAGGGGAAGUGAGGAGGAAAGUGUGGCCGUUGAUGGAGGGGGCAUGGCCGUACACCAAGGUGCUGGGAUUCACAUCCAAGCAGCGCAUGACCUUCCAACAGCUCAUCAUGCGGUUCGGGAUCGGUGAUUUCAGCUGGAAGGAGUUCGUGCCUCGACUCAAGCCGCGCACCCUGCAGGAGAUAAAAGAUACGAUCAUCGCUCUUCUAUCCUACGUGACCCACCUUUCAUUCAUUCUUGUAACCUCAUUCAUGCUUCCUGUGUCCCCUACUCUCGCUCCUCCUCCUUGUCAUGACCCGUCCCUUGACGGAGUUCCCAAGGAGGGCGUGAGUCCCAAGGAGGUGCUCAUCCGCCUGGCCCUUCUGCAUCUCAUUCCCCUCUCCUUCCCCUCUCACUUCCCCCAUCCCCAUCCCCAUCUCCUCUUCUCCUCCCUCCCCACCUCCUUCGUCCUCCCCCCGCCACCAGACGGAGUGCCCAAGGAGGGCGUGAAUCCGCAGGAGGUGCUCAUCCGCCUGGCCCUGCUGCACCUCAUUCGCACCAAGGUGGCCGCGGCUGAGAGCACCCGGGAGAGGCUGCGGGAGAGGGUCAGGGCGAGGAGGCUGGCCAAGGGUGGGAGUGCAGAGGGAAGGGGUGUGGAAGAGAGGGAUGCAGACGCGAGUGGUGUGGAGUGUAGGGUCGCAGAGGCAGCAGCGGGAGGCGCAGCAACAAAAGAGGCAGCAGCAGCAGCAGCAGCACCUUUUGGGAACGAAGAGGCUGUUAGGAAGGCGGGUGAGGAAGUGUGCGGAGGCACGGUGGGCGAAGGAAAAGGGGAUGUGCCUUCAGAAAUGGAGGGCGUGACUUUGGGUGGUGGGGAAGGGGAUGAGAAGGGAGAGGGGGGGCGUGGAGGGGUGGCGGGGGAAGGGAAGGGGGAUGGGCGUUCAGAGAUGGAGGGCGUGGAGGGAAAUGCGAAGGGGGCUGAGAAGCGGGAAGAGGGAAACGUUGAUCUGGGUAUGAAGGGAGAAGGAGGUAAGGGAGAGGGAGGGAAGGGAGAGGAAGGGAAGGGAGAGGGGGGGAAGGGAGAGGAAGGGAAGGGAGAGGGAGGGAAGGGAGAGGAAGUGAGGGGAGAGGGAGAGGGCGACAAGGGAGGGAGGAGAGAGGGCGAGGUGGAGGGUGGUAAGGAUGAGGGUGAAAAGAAGGAGGGUAGAAAGAAGGAGGGUGAGCAGGAGGACGGGUUGGAAAAAGAAGCAGAAGCGGUGGAGCUGGGUUGGGAGGAGUUGCUGCCGGGGCUACCAGAGCACCUGAAGAGUCACAGCCAGUUGGCGCCGCUGUUCCGCACGCGGCACUGGCGGGCCGAGCACGACCUGCAGCUGCUGAAAGGCAUCACCAAGCACGGCUACGGGCGGUGGAGUGACAUCAUCAACGACGAUAAAUUGGGCCUCGCUGACGUGGCACGCGCUGAGCUGUUGCUGCCGCCCGCCCCGCCCCGCAACAUGAUUGGCCUUUCCCUUGAGGACAUCCCGGCGAAUCCACCUACCCCAGUUGCCACCUCGGCUGCCCAGCCCACCAAUCCUGGUGAUGCACCUACCAGACCUAGUGCGGUGACCACCAAUCCUGUUGCUUCGACCACCGGUCCUGCUGAUGCACCCACCAAACCUGAUGCUGUGACAACCAACCCUGGGGGAGUGGUUGGUGGUGGGGAGGUUGCAAUGGGUGACGUGGCAGGUUCUAGGGCGGAGGGGAGAGCAGAGGGGAAGGCGGCAACAGUGCAAGAGGGUGCUGAGGGGGAUCGCAUGAUUGCGGGUUUGAAAGCUAAAACAAGUGCUGCUGCUGGUGCCAGUGGUGCUGAUGGUGGUGCUAGUGGUGUCGAUGAUGCUGAUAAGCGCGUGACGAUGGAGGAAGGAACAGAGGGAGUGAAGGAGGAAUUGAAGGAAGAAGUGAAGGAAGAAACGAAGGAGGGAGCAACCACGCAUGCUGCUGCUGCUCCAGCGGCUACCACAGCUGCUGCCCUUGCCAGUCGCCUGCAAGCUACCUCCUCCGUCAAGGCCCCUCAGAACCAGUCCGAAGCUGGAUUAGCAGCAGCUCAGAACCGCUCUGAAUCUACUUCCCAGGAGCCGCAAGAGGAGGCGGAGUGUGACCCGUAUGUAGCGCUCAUCCGCCGGCUCAACGCAGAAGCUGAGGCAGCUGCAGGGGAGAAUGCAUCCUCUGAUUCCAAUGCCGAAGCGGAGGCAGCUGUAGCAGAGGGGGAUAAUCCACCUUCCGAUUCCAAGGUCGAGGCUGUAGCGGUGGGAGCGGCUUGGGACAAUGCAUGUGCUGAUCCUGGGGAGGAGGUUGUAGCAGCCAGGGAGAGUGUGAGUGGCCCUGCGAAUAUUGCCGAUGAGGCUGUAUCGACGAAAGGAAGAGAGGUUGCAUCUGCCACGCGCUCACGUGACCCGGCUGUAGCAGCAGCAGGGAGUGAGACAGCGGAGGUGAGUGGCGCUACGGCUGAUGCUUCUGCUAAGCUCAAAACAAUACCUUCUGGAGCAGCAGAGCGUGAGAGGUCAGGCGCAUCUGGUGCAGCAGGGCCGUCUGGUGCAGCAGGGCCAUCUGGUGCAGCAGGGCCGUCUGGUGCAGCAGGGCCGUCUGGUGCAGCAUGGGCGUCUGGUGCAGCAAUAGAUUGUAGUGAAGAACCCAAGGCUGUUGCUAGCACUGCCGCUCCUGCUGCUCCUGCUGGUUCUGCCACUCCUCCUGCUCCUCCUGCAGGGUCUCUUUCUGCUGACGGUGGUUCUGUGAAGCAAAUCACGCAGGGCCACAAGGAGCCAACCACGCAGGGUCAAUCAGGCGGUGGUGUGGAUGGCGGAGGCAGCGCUGUGGGGAAGGAUCACGGGGAUGGUGUCAAACAAGCACGGGGACCCCGAGAGAAAGAAUCACCUCAAGAGGUGCAACAGACGAGGAUCCGAACCGUAAAGGGGCGAGGAGAGGGGGUUGAAGCAGAGCAACUGAAGGGAACAACGGAGUCCAGAGGAGGGGGGAAGACAAAGCAGAGGCAGGAGAGUGAGGAGCCCCCAGAAGGAGGUGAUGAGAUGGUGGUGGAAGUGUCACCAGAAAGAGAGCACUCUGUUGUUCAAGUUCCUGUAGCACCCCCGAAAAAGUCUCUCGCAUUGACCCAAGAGUUGGCUCGAGUGCCAGCAGAGAGAGGGGAGCCGGUUGUCAAAGAGCCUGUUGCGCCUCCAGAAAAGGCAAUGGGAUCUGGCCAGGAGGCCGCUGGAGUGCCAGCAGAGAAUGACAACACGGUUGCGGAGCCGUUGCAGUCACCUGAGAUACCGCCUGCAGUGCCUUCAGUGGCAGAGCAGGGCAGUGCGGGUGUGCAAGCGACUGGCGCCCCUCUCAUCCACGCUGGGGGGAAGCACGCGGCAGGCAGCAAAGCAAGUGGUGCUUCAGGGCCUGAUGAAAAUCACGCUGUUGUGGAACAGGGUGGUGGGAAGAAGAGUGUGGAUGGGAAGCGGGCUACAGAGGAGAAUGGUGAGCAGAGCUGCUCCGGUGAGAAGCACUCGGGUGGUGCAGGCAAAGAGGAGGCUCAUGUGGAGAGCCCACUUGAUGGAAGGUCCCAAAAGCAGGAGCAGCAGCAGCAGCCGUUGGGGCAGCAGCAGCAGCAGCAGCAGCAGCAGCAGCUGGUGUUACAAGGGGAAGGUGUGCCGGAUGUGAAACAAGAGCAGCAACAGAUGAGUGGAGCUGAGCCGGCAGUGGUGGCUGUAGAUGAUGAUGAGGAAAUAAUUGACUUGUGUGAUGAUGAUGACGAGUGA